AUGGGUCUUUUAGCAUUAGGCACGCCAUUAAGCUGGCCAGAGGCGAAGAAAGCCGCAAAUCAAGUAAGAGAAUGGGGGAUCGAGCAAUUACUCACUAUAUGGCGGAAGGCCAAGAGCAAAGAACGUGAUGCGCUCCUUUGGGGCGACGAGAUUGAAUAUCUCGUCGUUGCGGUGGACGAGGAACAAAAGAAGGUGCGACUCUCGUUAUGCCAGGCCGAGGUCUUGAAUGAGCUGGCACGAGACACCGAGUUGGCGAAGGAGGAUACCGUGGUUCCCGACUUACAAGAGGAUGCUGUUCAGAGCGGCACCCUGCCAACCUUCCACCCCGAAUUUGGCCGCUUCAUGCUGGAGGCGACUCCGGGCAAGCCAUGGGGCAUUGGAUUCAAGGACUUACUUGACGUCGAGUCUGACAUGAAAACCCGACGAGUCAUCGCCAAAGCCCACAUGGACCCGGACCAAUAUCCCAUCACCCUAACAACAUUCCCUCGUCUAGGGACACUGGACGACUAUACCUCGCCGUACUAUCCUCCCUCCGGUCCGAUGUUACGAUCGCAGUUCGUCCCCGAUGAAAUCGCCAAUCCACACAUCCGCUUCCCCACGCUGGCUGCCAACAUCCGCGCGCGCAGAGGACGAAAGGUCGAGAUCAACGUGCCCGUUUUCCACGACAAAAACACGCCAACCCCGUUCAGCGACCCGACCGUCAACUACGACCUUCACAACUGGCCGGAAGACGACGAUGUGCGCAAGGGCGCCGUCAAGCCUGACUGUGUUUAUAUGGAUGCUAUGGCGUUUGGGAUGGGCAGCUGCUGUCUGCAAAUCACCUUCCAGGCCAAAAACAUCCGUGAAGGCCGGAUGCUCUAUGACCAGCUCUCCCCGCUAGGGCCCAUAUUGCUGGCCCUCACUGCCGCCACGCCGAUCUACAAGGGGUUUCUGGUAGAUACCGAUGUACGGUGGAACCAGAUUUCUCGCGCCGUCGACGAUCGCACCCCAGAAGAACUCGGCGAGGCGCCUCUGGAGCAUGACCGCUGGCGCAUCCCGAAAUCCCGCUACGCCAGCAACAGCACGUACAUCGCGGAAGAUCCGCGCCUACGACCAGAAUACAUGGACCCACAGCUGAUUGUCGACGGAGCGCUGAAGCAGAAACUGCUCGAUGCCGGCAUGGACGAGCUACUGGCCACUCACUUUGCACAUCUCUUCAUUCGCGACCCGAUCGUGAUCUUUUCCGAGGAUCUGAAACAGCUGGAUCCUGAAGGAUCAAACCACUUUGAAAACAUCCAGAGCACGAACUGGCAGCACAUGCGGUUCAAGCCUCCGCCACCGGACGCGGACAUUGGAUGGCGGGUCGAGUUCCGCAGCAUGGAGAUCCAAAUUACGGAUUUUGAAAACGCCGCGUUCAGCAUCUUCAUCGUACUCGUGACACGGGCGAUCUUGAGCUUCGAUUUGAACUUCUACGUUCCCAUCCCACGCACUACGGAGAACAUGGAGACCGCGCAUAUCCGAGACGCGGUCACGCGGCAGAAGUUCUGGUUCCGAAAGGAUCCAUUUCCCCGCCGAAGCCCCCGGCAGUCUCCGGUGUUGAACGGAAUUGGUGAGUCAGAUGGCACACUAGACCAGAACCAAGGCCUGGACACUACAAGAACGUCCAGCAACUGCCCCCAAACCCCCCUCCCUUCCUAUGGACCGGUCGAGGAUGAAUAUACGUUGAUGAGUAUCGACGAAAUCAUCAACGGCAGCCACGCCACGACAUCGACAGGUGACGGUCAAAGUGAGGGAUUCCCCGGUCUGAUCCCCCUGGUGGAAUCGUAUCUCGACAGCGUCAACAUCGACGUGGCCACACGAUGCGACCUGGAACGCUACCUCGACCUCAUCCGGAAACGCGCCAAUGGGACAUUAUGGACGGGCGCCAAGUGGCUGCGCGAGUUCGUUCGGUCACAUCCGGAUUACAAGUUCGACAGCGUGGUGAGCGAGCGUAUCGUGUAUGACAUGUUCAACGCGGUAGAAGAAGUGGGCAAGACCGAGGGCAAAGACGGGGCUACGGGGUGGGAGAUGUUCAGUGCGAUAGAAAGGAAGAGGGGUCUCGAUGAUUAA